CUUACUUUGCGCCGUUCUUCCAUUGAUUUGCAUUUUAUUGUGGGUUAGCACACGAUAGCAGGUUUGGAAAUCCCACCAACAUUCACAUAUUUACUGGAACUACGGUAGAUUUCCGUGGAGAGGCAGCAAACCAGUAUGAAUAGUACUUGCGGAUCAUCAUUACUUACGUUUUCGAAAUGCUAGCAGUUACUGAAUGAUAUCGAUAUACAAGGAAACAAGGAAAACUUGUGCCGUCUGAGGACAGGGAAGUUACCAAAAGAAAUGACAAGAAAAUGGAAAUGUUGAAGCAUGCAUCAGUCACAUUUCCAGACUGAUUCGGUUGGAGGUUCGAAGCAGUCAGCGAGAACCCACAGCACACUUUUGUCUCGGAACGAAAAACGCCAAAGAUCGUCUAGCUCGUUCACGUCUACUAGCCAUGAUCAUCAUCAUGCUGGAGGAUUUGGGAUAGUGGUAAGACCACGAAGCCAAAAAUCUGCAUCACCUAUAGUCAACCAACAUCGACACCACCAGUCAAAUGAAGGUAACCUCUCGACACAUCGCAGAGUGUCGAGGAAAACACGUUCCGAGUUAAGGCAAGGACAGUAUGCCUUUGAAGGGAGAAACUCCGGACAUUCCAGAUCUUUAGACGCAUAUACGGCUCAUCUGCUUGCACAUGCACAAACAGCGGAUGAACACGAACCCAUGGUUAACACGGAUAAUGUCAAGCAUUUGGUGCUCCAAUCUGCUGAUAUCGGCGAAUCAGGAUGUAUGAAUCCUAUACAUGGCAAACGAAUGCGAAAAAGACAGAGGCAGCGAUUGGUUUCUGCUGUGCAAUCAAAGAGAUGCCUGACGCAGAGAGAUGCAAACAUUCCUGAAUCUCUACUCGAAAACCUACUGGGAAUUGAUGCCAUGGAAGUGCUCACGUCAUUGCAAUCGGGUCCCGGGCCGUUUUCGUCCUCUCCAACUGUACAAUCUCAGUCACCUCGCCCUGGUUGGGUCACUCCGUUCCAGCACAACUGCCUUCGUUCUCUUGCUAGCAUGUUGGUUUGCCCACACACUGUGGUACCAAUCACUGUGGGAUUGUUUAGUAGAUCCCCGGGGAUGAACGAAAAUAUCUACUUACAAACAUUAAGCGACGAAAUCGCCGUGUUAACCUCCAUAAACCCAUACCACAUUCCUGGAAAUCGAAUUAAAUUUAACUUCAGCGCCAGCCUUCUUCCGCUUUUAAUUGUUCUCUUGACCGGUUACCUUCUGGGACUGACCCUUGGAUGGCAGCUUGGACUCGCAGUGGCUUUGACAGGCUCCCUGCUCUACGCGAUUGUUUGCUGCAUAAUAUUCUACGGAGUGCGAGCCAAAAGAACGCCAAACUGGAUCCAGUUUUCAGAAACCUUGUCACGGUACAUGCGAGGCUGCUAUCUGCUACUCAAUAUACUCUUCUGCAGAGUGCCCCCGGUUUCCAACAUUGCCCAACCUGUGAAGCUUUUACCAAUCAGCUUAGAUGUGAGCAACUGUGUCAGUGCAAUAAACGCGGUCGCACUAAUGACUGAAAAGCUGUGGAUGUACAUGGAACAGAAGUAUGGGAAACUGGCAGUUCGGAUGCAGUGGGCCAGUAAAGAUGUGUACGAUGAUUCUUGCCAAACGUAUCGCAAAUGUUGCUGCUUGCCAUUGUGGCUAUGGUUCACAGUCUACUUAGCAUCCUCCCUCAGUUUGGCCACACUCCUAGCUGUUCCGAGGCAAUCGAAGACAGACUUGCGCUCUGCCGUGCAAGCAACUCCUCAGAGUAAACCAGGCUCCAAAUCUUUGGUUAGCGACGCUUAUGUGAGCCACAACUGGAUGCAUAUUACAGCGAUCACCUGUGGAGUGCUGGCUGGCAUCAGUCUGUUUGUACUCAUUGUCGCUGCUUGCCCAUCGCUAAUUAACCUCAUAAGAGGUCGUCCAUUUCAACGGGGUGCCCAGCGUAUGCGAUGGAAAGAUGACGGAAAAUUACACGAGCCACUGUUUGAUGAAUGCUACAGUAGAGCAACCGGAAUGUUCGAUCCCACUUGCAUGCGAAAAAAUGGCGGGGUUUCUAUUGAACGCUGCAUGAUGUGUCCACGUGAAUGCGCCUUCCAUCUUCAUUCUGACCUGGAUUCGACAGUUACAUCAACCGCUGCAGCAAACCAGUGGCGGAGCACAGUUCGAUCGAAUAGGGAGAAAAAGGCUGAUUUAGGUGGUAAAUCUGAAUGGAUAAGAACUAGUUUGGACGUAGAACAUCGAAAUGAUGUUAGCAAGAGUGAUGCUGCAGUUGAUGACUUCUCCGAGAGCAGUCCACUAACGGAAGAGGACGAAAAUGACGAAUUCAGUAGCGAGGAGCAAGACGAAAUAAAACAUGUCGAAGAGUCUGAGACAUGCAUACACAGUGAACCUGUACUCUUUAAUUCUGGAGAAGAACUGAUCCCGAAUCUGAACAAGUGCAAAGCAACCUCACUUAGAGACACUUCGAAUGAUCUAAGCGGAAAGAACAGGAAAGCAACAGAAGCAAAAACACUUGCUAGGUGGAAAAAGGUGAUCAAGAAAGGCCUCCUUGAAGGUUGUAAAUGUCUAUCCAUGAUCGAUGCACGUGCAGGAGGACGACAGACACGCGUCAUAAUCAGUAUCACUGGGACAGGGGUUCCAUUUGUUCAGGUGGAUCCACUAGGAAAAUUAUCCGCAUUGAUCCGCCUUAUUGAUAAAUUACUAAUGCAACCUCCUGGUGGCGGUACAAGCGGUGACGUGAACUUAGUAUCAAAACCCUUUUCUUCCAACGACCAUACAAAAGACCCAUCCAACCUCAGACGCAUAAGGGAAGCUGUGCCCAACCAAUGGACCCCCAACGUAAUAGUUCUACUGACGGCUUCUGUGCCAACUUCCGAUGCCACUAAGCAGCAUAUAUCAAAUGCACCGGAUGGUCUUCCUCCUGAAUUUAGACGGCCAUCCUUACUGGAUGCAUCGAUACAGUGGAGUAACUUCAAAGUUUGGUGGUCUAUUCAUCACUAUUGUCAUCUACCAAUUUACAUUGAAGAGCAGCCCCCUGGCUUUUUUGUGAAUGAGGCAUCAGAGCGACGUCAGUUGUUUGAACAUUGCGGUGGUUUCACGAUUUCACCCUUUACGAAGUUACCGCCGGAUAGUACUCUGUUGAAUUUGUACGCAGAAACCCAUGAAUUAGCGAUUUUGAACAGAAAACAUCUCCGUCAUUUGCUCACCAUGACUGCCUUUGUGGGUCGAAUGAUUAUCCUCGACCGAUUAUUGACCUGGCAAAAUAAUUCACUUUGUGGUCGACCCCAUUGUUUCCUGAGCUUAGGAGACCUGGACUGGUGCGUGAAUGCACUGGUUACAUGGUUGUGCCUGGUGAAACACUGGCCUUUUCAUGCAGCGUGGCUUGCCAUUUUUAUUGAAGAACAACUUCGUUCCGAUGAGAAUGUCAGCAGAGUUGAACUGCAUCGCACCGGAAGCCAAAAAUCUCGUAAUCUACCUGAAGAUAGUCAAAGUUUUCCAGAUGUUCGUCUAUCAACUAGCAACCUGCACGGUACACGAGCAGCAACGCUAAGUAUGGAAACCACUUUGUCCCAACUUCACCUUCGUGUGCUGAAAAGACUAGCUUUCGCAGUAGAAGCGGCCAGACAGAAAGCACUCUCCGCUUCCGUUAUCGCAACGGAACAUGGAGAUGGCGAUUCAAGACGGCCAAUUCAAAUGUAUUCUCCCCGAGUGAUAAGCACACUUGAAAUGUGCAAUCUUGCCCUGCGUGACAGGAACCCACGUCGACUGGCCGAAUUCCUGCAACAUAGCGAGAAAGAUCGCUUCUCAGAUGCGGAUUGUCAUGAGGCACCGCGAACGUGUUCACCUUUCGAUGCCGGUCAGGUGACAGUCGGUCACCUCCUACGGAUAAUGAAACUAACGCCCUUCCUCAAUCCUCAUAUUUCAGCGUGGAUAAGAGAUAUUUCCUCAACAAAGCAUAUCUCAACUGAAUCCGUGAAUGAAGAAAAAUCAAAUUCAGGUAAGCAGCCCGUUUUUGAAUUGAGUUUGCCCGCUUAA